UAUCUUUAUUUUAUCAAAAGUGCAUUAAUUCAAGUCCAGAUUUCACAAUUUAACAGCGGGUACUGUUUAAUGUAUUGAUCUUUUCCGCUGUUGUUCUACUGCCAUGUGCUUUAUUGUUUUUAAUGUGAUUGCAAUUUUUAAAGAAGGCAUAUAAUUAUGAACAGUUUUUACUAUGUAAACGGAUGUUUCGUUUUCGUGUGUGUGUAUCUUAUUUCAACUUUCACAUUCAGUGAAGGAAGUGGCAUCUACUGUGACACUGGACAACACGUAACAUUAAAGGUCCCUGUCAAUUUUACUGUCCGUGAAAGACCCAUAUUUGACUGCAUAUACGGUUCAUGGUCAGAAGAGAGAAGAUCUUAUCCUGGCUCGCCUGAGAGCCUAACAUAUAAUAUCUCAUUGAUUAAUAAAAGCUUCACAUUGACGUGGAAACCGCCUGACGAUUCGUCUUCCGAACACGUGACAGGGUUCUUCCUUAAGAUGUUUAUAGAAGAGAUUGGUGACACAAUGAGUUUUGAUCCUUCAGCAUGCUACACAGUUGACAGCAAACUGGCAGCUGAAUUUUCUACGGGUAAAGUCACACAAGACGCUGUCUUUCAUCUGGAUUGUAAGAUGGAACAAACAUUGAAUGUGAACAUUACUGUGAAGACAUUACCGACACCAGCACACAAAAGCUUCAAUUUCGUGUACGUUAAUUUUCAAGAUACAACCACAAAGCAGAUUAUAACAUUACCAAAUCCAAAGACAAAAUUGAUAAGUGAAGAUCCGAAAGUUGAAGAUAGGACUGCAUCUCUAAUGGCUAUUUCGGUAGGAGUAGUCGUAAUCUCUACCAUCACAUUGUCAGUUGUCGUCUGCAUUGUUUGCAAGCGCAGAAGUCACGACUACGGAAUCACAAGCUCCUUUAACGGUAAUAAACAGCACGACGAUAAGAUAAUAAAGGAAUCAUAUCACCAAGUGUCAAAUUCUCCAAACACUGCACCAGCAAUUAACAACGAUGGAAAUGGCAAGCUUAAAGCAGACGAAAGGACUGAAUAUUCUGCCCCAAACACUUGUACUGGAUCGAUAAUUGCAGGCAACACAGUACAAAAUUGUACUGGAAAAACUAGUGUUUUAAAAGGCUGUACCGAUAUAAGUAAUGAGAUAUUUAAUAUAAUACAUGUGACUGAUACAAACGUCAAAAGUGUACCUAUACCGGAAAAAUACAGAUUGCAGCUUCAGAUGAUCAAUUUAGACAGUUAAGAUUGUGAAUAUUAAAAUGUUUUAUCACAGUGAAUCCUGCUGGAGUGUAUUGUCGUUCAGAAUAACUCAAUGAAGUAUAAUAGCAUGUUGCAUAAAGUAAUUAAGCAUGAUGAUCCUUUAAAAAAUGAUAUAAAACGUUUCUUGGAAUUUAAUUCUUUUAUUAUCGAAACAUUUGUAUAAACUGUUAUUUAUAUUACAUCUAAAAGUUCAAUCAUUCAUCCAUUUAUAUGGUAACACCAGCAAACUGAAGGCAAACAGUCACAUUUGAUCUACAUGGCGUA